GAAGGGAUAACUUUUAGAGUUCAAGAAAGAAAAAAUUAUGGUGAUCUCCCCUUCUACAGGACCAAUAACAACAGCUGGUUUCUUGUGGCAUUUCCAUCUAAGCAGGUAGGAACGCUGUUCACAUAAUUCAGCUUUCGUCUAAAGUAAUUCGUGAGGCAAAUGCUUGAAAGUGAUGCUAUAACUAUAAGUAAGUUUCAAUACCAAAUACACAUUGUUUUAUUUUAUUUGUUUGCACAAAUGAAGAAAAUUAAAAAUAAACUCUGACCUAGUUAGUGUGUAUGGCAUGGCAACGUAACCGGGGAAGAGCGGGGAGGGGGGGGGGCGGUGCCAAGUUUUCGUUGAAUAAGUUGGAGAUGGAAGAAGAGUUUGUAAAAAUAAAAAUUCAAUUAUUAUCUUAAUUAUUAGAGAUUGUGUAAUUAUUAUGUAAACACAUAUGAUAAUCUCUUAUUUUAACGCUCUAACUCUAAGUUCAAUGCGAAUGGAAAAGCAUUUUUGUUUUCAUUUUCAUAGUUAACUUUUUAAAAUAAAUAAUCAAUUUAUUCCACUAUUUAAAAGGGUUUUAUUUUUAUAAGUCAAAUGUUGUCUUUUUGUCCUAAAAUAAAAGCUAUUGAAUAAAUUGUACAAGAUAAAAAAAGGACACCAUUUGUUAUUCACUGUGCCAUUAUAUUGUAUGGUUUUUGGGGUUUUGGUAUACUAGAGGAACUCAGAAAUUUAAAAAAACCCUUUAAAAACCAAUGAAAACAUAAGACAAACUAAUUGCAAAACAAUAAAUUUGUUCUGGUUCUGGUAAUGUUACGUUGCUGCAUCCAUGUACUGGCAUCUUUGCAAUGGUUGGGGAUAUGAUGUUGCUAUUCUAACAGCUCCUAGCUGAUGCCAGGGCAGCCUUGAAGCUUUCGGCCGAUGUCGAGUUCACAGUGGCAUCAUUCAGGUGGUUCCAUGCUAUAUUGUGCGUGGGAAGAAAGAUUGUUGAUACUGCACUGUGUUGCACUGAGGCACUUUGAAGAAUUUGCUAUUUUUUCUGGUUAAUUGUUUUUGGGAAUGUCAAUGGUGAAGUCAGUGUUCAGUGAGCGUUUUGCUCUGAUCAGUCUACCCGGCUUCUGUGGGGUGAGGUACGUGCCUGCUGGGAUGGCCGGCACCAGUCUCAUGAUCACUUUAUAUAAGAAUAUCUAUUGAGGGUGUUUUAAGUGUAGUUCCAUCUGGUAAAUAGAGAGAUUUUAUUUAAAAAACUUUUAAUCAUGAUCCCACCUCAACAAUGGUGUGACAAUGGUGCUAUAUUAGUGUAUAAAAGAGAUCACCCGUAUUUCUUAAAGAUAUGUUUCUAUGUCUUUUUUAACCUAAAAAUUCAUUCCCUAUUAAAAUUUUUUUUAAAAAACAACUUUGUUAUCUGCAGACUAUAAUGGAAUUCUCCCAGCUUUUCCCACUCUUACAAUUUACUGACAGUGGUAAGUAGUAGUUUUGUAAGUUUCUUUGAGUUAAGUAAUGUUUAUUAUUAUUACAAUUUAUUAUUAAUUAAUUGUAUUGCAUCUAAUCUUCUUAUCACCAAAGAGGUGUAUGGUAUAGAUCAGUGGUUUUAGCUCAAUAUCCUGAACAGCCAAAAUAACAAAUUUUGAUUAAAAAUACAGUGGUACUUCGGUAUAUGGUAUAUGUCCGCUUUGAAUAAGUCCAACUUGGUAGGCCUUUAUGUCCUGUUUGGACAAGAAACAUUUAGCUUUGUAUAAGACCUUCAUUUGGAAAAUGACCUUGGAGGAAUUUGUGGCCAGAAGCAGUGACUGAAAGGGACUUUGAGGCUGUGCAUACAGUGGGCAGGUCCAUGGGAAUAGCUGACCACUGAGGAGCCGCAGGAACUUAAGAAGGAUGAGCACAAGACUAGGAUGGAUGCACUCUCUUCAGGCUCUGGGGUGGAGGAGAUAGAGGAAGCUCCUACUUCAUUAAUCAAGGAAAUCUUUGCUAAAUGGAUGGAUGUCAAAAACUUUGCAGAGAAGUACCACCCCAACAAAGCCCAAACAAGUCGUAAUAGCAUUGUCUGGAAUAACCAGACAGACAAUGUCACAUUUUCCAAACAUCCUGAGGAGAAGUCAAAAGCAAAGCUCUUUAGACAGAUUUUUAGUAAAAGUAAACCUGGUGAGCCUCAACCAGGUUCAAAAAUAGGGAAAAGAGGCAGAAAAAAGAAAGAACAACAGAAUGUCAUAUUCCUGAAGUUUUAUUGGAAGCGGACUCUCCUUCAAAACAAUAACAUCUCCUCCUUCUCAGCACCAUAUUAGUAAGCACUUGACUCUUCUCACCAAAGUAAAGUGAAGUAAAUUUUCAUUUAUUUCACAUAAGUUCUUUUUAUUUAUGUAAUAUAGUAUUAAGCAGUGUUUAAAUUAUUUUAUACAACCACGUCAAUGAAUGUAUAAUAUGCCAAUAACAAUAUGAAUUUUUUUUCAUGGGAAUGGAUGAAUCAUUUCCCCUUUAUUUCUUAUGGUAAAAAUUCAUUUGGUAUAUGUUCUGUUUGGUAUAAGUCCAAGGAUCUGGAACGGAUUAAGGACAUAUACCGAGGUACCACUGUAUAAAACUUUCUGAUAUAAUUCACCACCUUAGGUUGUCCAAGCUGCCCCUAAAUCUACUCAGCAUUUUACCGCCCACUGGGCCAUUCCACCCACCUUGUAAACCAUUGUUAUAGAUGAUGUUAAGUUACCAAUACCAUAUCUUUCAACUACAUGAUAAAAUACCAUAUCUUUCAACCACAUGAUAAUAUACCAUAUAUAUCAACCACAUGAUAAUAUAGGCCUACCAUAUCUUUCAGCUGCAUGAUAAAAUACCAUAUCUUUCAACCACAUGAUAUAAUGCCAAAUUCAUAAAAACUUAAAUUUUAUAUGUAUUAUCUAUACAAAAUCUAUCAAUGCCAGUCAUCUUUUUGAUUUGUAAAGAUAAGCAAGCCAAACAUGCCAAAUGAGAUUGAUUAUUGAACAAAGGUUUGGACCAGGCUAAUCAAGUUUCACAAGGUUCAUAUUCAACUAAUCACCUGAUAAAAUAAUGUUGCAGAAUGUAUAUUUUUAAAAAAUGUGUUACAUUUCCAUUGAGAUAUAACACGUUUACUUUCUUUGCGAUGCAUAAAAAGGCCAAAGUAAUUUGUAAAGUUUCCAUUUAUACAUUUGCAGCUUUCCCCACCGGAGGGUUCUCACACAGUCAGGGCAUAGAAGCUUUCAUACAGCAUUAUCAUCAUGUUGGCAUGAGAAAAGGUAAAUUCUUAUAUAUCCCCUCAGUUGCUUGAAUUAUUAUUAUUUAUGUUUAAGUUUAAUUGUUUCUUUUCUUGGUGUUUUUUCCCCACAGUUUUUAAAGUAAAAUAAAUUAAGAAUUUCAUACCACUACAAGAUGAAACAAAACUUGCUUGACCUUGACAUAUUUUUUUAUUGGGUAUAAAAUUUAAACUUAAAAUGUUUCAUUGAGAAGAGUGUGUGUAAAACUUUGCACUAACUUUAUCACCAACUUAAUUUUAAUUCACAUAAUUGUCUUUCCAAUAAACAUGACUCAUUGUGCAUUCUAGGAAAACAUCUUAGUAACAGUCUAGAUAUUGUUAUCUGACUUAUACCUUGAAUGUAAGUUAAACAUUGAAUGUAAGUUAAACCUUGACUGUAAGUUAAACAUUGAAUGUUAUUUUCUUUCUAUUUUCCAGACCAUAAAAAAUUAUUUAAUGCAUUUAUUUGUAUUCUGGAAAAUUCUGGUAAGUUACCUGACCUUUGUUAUUCUCUUCACUUUCCUUAGAUUGGAAACUGCCGUCUGCUCUAUUAGAGGAAACUAUGCAAAAUUUCUCAUUUAAAUUUCAAUUAAAUAAAAAAUGUAAACAAUUUUUAGGGUUAUUUCUCAUAUAAUUUUUAUUUAUUAAAUUAGUACAGCAAGCCCUGUAAGAAAAGUUUUUGAAAAAAAUAGCACAAAACACUGACCUUGGAAGGAGGUGUUGUCUGCCUUGAGCAACACUUUGUUUCAUAUAUAAUGAGGGGCAUUUUUUGACCAACCGCUGAGUUUUUUCAUAUUGGGGGUGGGGCAUGGGGGACGUGGCAAAAGUCUUGGUCAGACCUUGGCAGCAGUAACCAUAGCAAUGCCUUUGGUGCAGUCUGGAUGGUCAAUACAGGAAAUGUUAUGCUCAUUGGCAUACCAGCCACAGAUGGUGAUGAACUUGGGUUCAUAUCAAGCCUCAAAUAACCAAGCAUCCUUUUACAUGUGGCAUAAACAGAAUGAUGUCAGAUAUACUGGGCCAUGGCAUAAACAGAAUGAUGUCAGAUAUACCGGGCCAUUUGCGUACAUGAAAAAUAAAGUCAGAUGUAUUGGGCCAUUUGGGUUAAAGACUUUAAAAACAAUUUUAAGAUUUACUUUUCCAUCAUUUUGAAUUCUGGGGAUAAAUAAUGAAAUCGUUCAGUUCUAUCUACAGAAUGGAAGUAAAUAAAUAAAGGACAUAAUAUAUUGAAAUGACACCGGACACAUUUACAAAACAUCCACACAUCAAUACAAAAUACCCACAAAACAUAUCCACACACCAAUAUUACAAAACAUCCACGGAUUUCAACUAUACAACAUAUCAACACAGUUCAUCAUUACAAAUUAUCCACACAAAUCAUCCUUACAACAUAUCCACAUUCUAUUUUCACAUAAACCGCAAGUGUCAAACAUUUUUAAGCCUUCAAGCCAAUCAAGUCAAUUAAAUUAUUCUUCCCACAGGCUCUCUCCAUCUUCCCUUUGUGAGUGCAGCACACGCCAUCUUCCAGGACUUAACUACUCAGGCAGCAGAGGCAGGCGAACCGCCCGCAACAUGUUCAGUUCAAAGUAAAAAUGGAGAGAUUCAUUCACCGGCUAAUGAACUGAAUCAAUUGUCGGGCAAUGGAUGUUCUGAGUUAGCGGCCAACAAAUGUACAGAGUUAACAAACGACCAAUGUUCAACCGACAGGCUGCAGUCGUCCCUACGGCAACUUGUGGAUCUUGAUAAAACCUUUGAAGCCUGUUCCACCAAUCAUAUUUCCAGACGAGCCAGCGCAAGACAGGUCUAGACUUAGAAUCAGUUAGUUAUUGAUUCACUUCUUUGUCUUUUUCUUCAUAAAAAAUAAACCUGGAUGGUCUUUUUGGGCUGUUUACCCUUGUCUGAAAUGGUGCAAAGUGUGCAGUGGGUUGUGUCCCAUGAAGCUCUUGUUAAAUUGGGACAAUUUUACCAAAAUGUUUGUUAUUAAACAAUACUACAAUAUUGCUCCAAGCAAUGAAGGCUAAAAAGAAUAAUGUUAUUUUUAUAUAUUGUGAAAUCAUCACAAUAAGUGUUUUGAGCAGUUUAUCACUUGGGUAGGUGCUGCACAAGUUUUCAUGAUCUCAAAUCACAAAUAUGCACUUGUUUUUUCUGUAACUUCCAAGUUCAUUUGCUUGAUUUUUCACAGCACCUCUCUCUGUCCUUCUUACGCUCUCAAGCACCAAUUAAAACGUCCGCUCGCAUAUUUCAGGGUAAAUCUUUCAUUGAAGUCUUAAAGUUGAUCUACAAAGAUCUUUAUUUUGAUUUGAUGUCUGCCCUUUCCGAACUGCCACAUGGCCAUUACCCUGUCGUCUAUGGAGCAGUCAUGUCUGCCAUUGGUGUCGAUUCCGACGCUGCUAUAGGAUCUUUCAUGUUCUGUGUUGUUCGGGGCUUGAUAACUUCUGCCGUCAGACUGGACGUUUUGGGAGCCAUGGAGGUAUAUUAACUGCCACAUGAGAAAACUUUACCCUGAUAGUUUUAGCAGCUUUUAGUUAGAGGAAAUACAAAUAUACCCAAACUUUACUCAUUCUACUCUGAACAGAUCUCAUUAUACCUUUUAAAACGAACUCAGCAUAACACAUACUCUGUUCUAACAUAACACAUACUCUGCUCUAACAUAACACAUACUCUGCUCUAACAUAACACAUACUCUGCUCUAACAUAACACAUACUCUAACAGACCUCAUUCAGAGCUACACAUUACUGUAUGUUUUUAAAUGAAAAUAUGUUAAAAGUUUUUUUUGUUAAAAUAACAGAUUGUGUCCAAAUAUUUUUAACAAAAUAUUUAAGCAAAUUUAAACAUGCACUUUUUUUUAAUCAGGGGCAAAAACUUCAAUGCAGUCUACAGCAAACCAUUGCUGACAUAGUUGCCAGGUAG